GCACUUGUCUUUUUAGCCUGCGCCUUCACAUCUUCAACGAUCGGGAAAAUAAUUGCAAUGCAAAUAAUAUAUUCAAGAACCAUUGUAUAUGUAAAUAUAGUUAAAGGUUAAUAAAGCUGUAACUUCUCAGAAGUCGUAUUUUAAUAAUACUGUAAUUUCCCCAUCCCGCCGUUUUUUACCAUCAGGCAUUUGUGUGGACGCCUCUCACACCGACGGAGGACGACAACAUGGCGGCCUCCUUGCGUCUCGGUCGUCAGGGGAUUUUAUUUGGCUUUAGAUUAUCUAAAUUUAAUAAAUGUUUAUUGGCCACAAACCCAUGGCAGGAGCAUGUCAGGACCUUCUUUCAGUCACCAUGGUUCCUCGGUGUCAGCGCAGUCAAAGUGCAAAUGCCGGCUCUCUCCCCCACCAUGGAGGAAGGGAACAUUGUUAAAUGGCUGAAGAAGGAAGGUGAGGCUGUAGCUGCAGGUGACGCCCUCUGUGAGAUUGAGACGGACAAGGCUGUUGUUACCAUGGAAUCAAAUGAGGAUGGUGUCUUGGCAAAGAUAUUGAUGGAGGAGGGCAGUCGCAACGUGCCCCUUGGCACUCUCAUCGCCCUCAUGGUGGAGGAAGGGCACGACUGGAAGCAGGUUGAGAUCCCCCCUUCAGAUGCUGCAGCUCCAACCUCGGCUCCACCUGCUCCACAAGCAGCCGCUGCCCCAGUUGUGGCCGCAACUGCCGCUCCCUCUCCACCUCCUCCUCCACCAACAGCCGCAUCAGGGCUGUUACGACUGAGUCCAGCAGCUAGACACAUCCUGGGCACGCAUGGUAUAGACCCCAAACUAGCCACGCCCACUGGACCAAGAGGGCUUAUCACAAAAGAAGAUGCACUGAAUCUCCUGAAGAAGUAUCCUGCCACCAAAACAACCGCAGCCACAGCUGCCCCACCUCCCCCGAGUCCUGUUCCCACCCCAGCAGCUCCCCCUCCACCUCCAGGCAGCAGACCCAACAUACCUCCACUCUCUGUACCAGGGAAACCAGGAGCACCUGGCACUUUCACAGAGAUCCCUGCCACAAAUGUCCGCCGUGUGAUCGCUCAAAGACUAACGCAAUCAAAGACCACCAUCCCCCACGCGUACGCGUCGGUUGACUGUGACAUGGCUUCUGUCAUGCAUCUCCGCAAAGACUUGGCCAAAGAACAAAUCAAAGUGUCUGUUAAUGAUUUCAUUAUCAAGGCUGCUGCUGUUACACUAAAAGAGAUGCCAGAGGUGAAUGUGACCUGGUCCGGUGAUGGACCCCAGGCGCUUGAUUCAGUACAUAUUUCAAUUGCUGUGGCCACCGACAAGGGCCUCAUUACCCCAAUCAUCAAGGAUGCAGCAAACAAAGGAGUCCAGGAAAUUUCAGCUAAUGCAAAGACACUUGCCCAGAAGGCCAGAGAUGGAAAACUUCUACCUGAGGAGUACCAAGGAGGCUCAUUUAGUAUAUCUAACCUUGGGAUGUUCGGUAUCAGUGGCUUCAGCGCAGUGAUUAACCCCCCUCAGGCGUGUAUCCUCGCAGUCGGGACCUCCAGGUCUGAGUUGCAACUGUGCGAGGAUGACCUGACCCUGCGCACCAGGCAGCUGAUGACGGUUACACUUUCAAGUGAUGGACGGCUGGUUGAUGAUGAAUUAGCCUCUCGGUUUCUAGAUAAAUUCAGAGCUAACCUAGAAAAACCCCAACACAUGGCCCUAGCCUGAGAAACAAAGUGAAAGCAAAGUGAUUUGCAAGACUGAGCCACAAACUCUUGCGUGACAAAGCCUGGGUUGAAAGAAAGUUUUCAUGUUUGUGAGCAGAUCUAAGCUUGUACAUAUUAUUAACUUGUGUUUGUGGCUUAAAUAUGACAGGUAACCACCAGGCUUUGUGGUGGAGGAGUUAAACUGGCUUUCUGAUGAAAGAUUCUAACAGAAAUAUGAUCAAGAUACAAAGGAAAAUCUUACAUCCUGUAAUAUUACACGUGUUAUAUAUAAAAAAAAAAAAACGGCAAACUGUUUCAAGUUCUGUUUUUUAGUUCCAGAUAAUCUGCACUAUAUCAUGAAUCACUACUGUAGAACAUUGUUCAUUGGUCAAAUAUAUUUAUUACUGAGCAUAUGUGGCAAUCCAGUUUCUAAUCGAAAGACCUAAAUUCAAACCAAUUCCAACUAAUAAUUAAUUGUCCGUUUCAGUGUUUUAACUUAUUUAAAACGGAUGCUACAACAUCCCUGAAAACCUAUUCUGCAAUUCUUCAAGUGUGUACAAAAUGAAUGCAAUAGAUUAGUUUCUGGCUUCCUUAGAUUCCAAUAAAAAACAUGUUCUUCAACCUUGA